AUGGCGAGAACACGUAAUACAUCUAACGAUGGACAGGGACCAGAUCCUCCGGUGGAAACUAUGACCAGGGGUAGAGGCCGAGGUAGAGCUCGGUUUAGAGCUCGAGUAGCAACACCUGUUAUAGAACCUCAUGUGGAUUUGGGAGCGGAGGAUUCUCGUGCCAUCAUACUGGCACCAGUUGCUCCACCACCAGCCCGACCAGCUAGGGGUAUGGGUCGGACUUUUAGAGGUGGAGAUUUGCCAGGGAUACCGCCCAACAGAGAUAUAGACUUCUGUAUCGCACCUAACCCACUUUUAUUCUACCAUAUCUUUCGAUAUGUAAUUGAAGGUAGUAGUACUUUUAUUGACUUGAUGGCACAACUUGCAAGUACACAAAACAUGAAACAAUGGGCAAUUGGACCUAUUCUUCCUAUUAAACUACUACCAUACAAUAAGAAAAAUGAGUACUGUUUGGAAUGGCUAAACAAACAACCUCCAAAAUCAGUUCUUUAUGUAUCUUUUGGGACAACUACUUCAUUUUCUGAUGAACAAAUCAAGGAGCUCGCAAUGGGAUUAGAGCUAAGCAAACAGAACUUUAUAUGGGUGUUGAGAUAUACAGAUGAAGUUGAUAAUACUGGCAAAUUUAAAAAACUUAAGUUGCCAGAAGGGUUUGAGGAAAGAGCGAAAGGGGUGGGCUUAGUGGUUCUAGAAUGGGCACCCCAACCUGAAAUCUUGGCUCAUCCGUCCACUGGCGGGUUUUUGAGUCAUUGUGGUUGGAAUUAG